AUCUCAUGGCAUAACAGAGACCCUAUACUGAGUGUGGACUUCCAGAACCGCCCGUUGGCCACAACCACAACAACGGCCACCACUUCUGCCGCCGAUUGUCAGUGCGUUUACUAUCGUAUGGCCACCAGUGGUAACGAUUCACACGUAAUCAUAUGGAAAGUUAAUAUCAACGAUACGGCGCCCGUCGUCGUCGACCCGAAGACUAAUAAACGGUCGCCUAAUGUGUCGAUUGAGUGUUUGGCCGAUUUGACGAGACAUCAGAGGCCCGUAAAUGUGGUCCGAUUCUCGCCGAACCCCAACGACAACCUGUUGGCCGCCGGAGACGACGACUGUUUCAUCUAUAUNAACGAUACGGCGCCCGUCGUCGUCGACCCGAAGACUAAUAAACGGUCGCCUAAUGUGUCGAUUGAGUGUUUGGCCGAUUUGACGAGACAUCAGAGGCCCGUAAAUGUGGUCCGAUUCUCGCCGAACCCCAACGACAACCUGUUGGCCGCCGGAGACGACGACUGUUUCAUCUAUAUAUGGAAACUGAUGGACGACUCGUCCGUCAAUAACACAGAGAAUGAGCUAAAAUCAGACGUGAAUUUAAUUGUUCCGAAGAAAAGCCAAGAGUUUUGUGUCAAACAUAAGGACAACAGUCAAGAAGACGACGAGAUUAUGAUUCUGGAGGAACAGUCGGCAGCCAUUAAGGCUCGACCGGCCGCUGAAAAUGCGGCCAAUAAUAUGGAAAAUACGGCAUUCGGUGACGAAGAGAUGAUAGCGACUGAGGUCUGGAAACCACUCAAAAUACUUCGCGGCCAUCUUCAGGACGUUUCGGACGUUUGCUGGUCUCCCGAUGGCCAACAACUAGUGUCCGCCUCAGUAGACAAUACGGCAAUCGUAUGGGACGUACAUAAGGGCCAGAAGUUGCACAAAAUUGUUGAACACAAGGGCUUCGUUCAGGGCGUGGCGUGGGAUCCGAUCGGCAAAUAUUUGGCCACUUUAUCGGCGGACAGAAAUAUGCGAGUAAUCGACGCCAAAAGCGGUCGCACUGUCUAUAGAGUACACCGAAUGCGUACCGAAGAGUCCAAUAAGACUUCGCGGCUCUUCUACGACGACACCCUUCGGUCGUUUUGCCGUCGGUUGACGUUUACACCGGGCGGUGAGUUCCUGAUCGCACCGUCGGGUAUAUUGGAGUUGACCGACGAGAAC